UGUCACGAUGUGGAGUGGACGUGUACUUGUCUAUUUUAUAGCAGUCACCAUUUACCAUGUCGCCAUCUUAUGCACUUAGCACGCGAGGGGCAUGGCUUCAAACUGCUUCCAGCUAUGGCAAUUCAUGAUCGGUGGAGUACGUACCAGACCUUGGAAGUGAAAAACGAAUUGACGGCU